UCCGGAUAUCCAUGCUUGGGGAUAGAAAAGAGCGGGGUUCCAUUCAGACCUGGGAAUGGAAGUUGGGCAAACGUUCUACGUGGUUCCGUGCAAUGAGAAAGAUGAGGAGGGGGAUGCAAAUGACGCUGGAGCUAGCCUCCUUGGCCCAAGUGGCGUUGGACUUCGGCACGGCUUGGUAGAAGGCCGAGACUUCCGCCUCCUGGACAUGCUCGAAUGGGAGAAAUGGAAGGCCGACAGCCGUCGCCCUGCAGUCGAAAUCCCCCGACAUGUGAUCACACGAGGAAGUGGCUCCCGUGCACAACACGUCGUCGAGUUGUAUCCGUUGCUUGUCGAGGUCCACUACUGGGCCAACGGGAUGGCAAAGUCGGCGCCGAUUCAAAUGAAGAAAGGGGUGAAUUUGAACAUUCUCGUGGGAACUACGUUGAACGUGUCGUCCAUCAAGAGAUUGCUGUGGAGCCGCAUCUCUUCUCGAUACCAUGACCUUUUCCCCGAGUAUGCCAAACCCAUCGACGUUGUGGGGUACAAAGCCGUGAACGAAGACAACUGGGCGCAGCAUAUCCGUGUCUGCAUAAAGUCACGUCGAGGUGGAGACGUGUGGGAGGCAUUGGACGAGUCCCCCAUAUCCCCCCUAUCGGACGACGAUGACGUAGCGACGCAACGAACUGUUGGGGACCUCAACUUGAUAGGCGAAGCGGAUUCGUGCGUCUUGUUGAUAGAAUGCCAAUUUUUGAACCCAAGCGACGCGAAAGACCCCCGCAACAGUCUGUUCUACAUGAGCGAGGUGGAAGCGCUGGGGUGGCGGAGAAUGCUUCAAUUCGGCGACUACCUCGAUGCCAAGGACACGUCCAACCACUGGUACGAAAGCCAGGUUGUCGACAUCGACCUCGACAAAGACAGGGUGAAAGUCCACUACUUGAGCUGGGGCGAAAAAUGGGACGUGUGGUUUGCCCGGAACGCACCCGAGCUCCAGCCAUUGCACUCGCAAGUUGGAGAGUGGCGCACGACGCUGUCGAAAGGGGAUGCCGUCGAAUUUGGCACGGGGUCGACUCCAGGCAUGAAGGCGUCGUGGGUGGAAGGGACGGUCGUUGACGUGCAGUCGAUGGAUGACGACCACGACACGGACGACGAAGCGUGGCCGCCGAUGCCGCCUAAAGCGCUCUACAAGGGCAAAGUCAUCCGGGUGAAGGUGCAGUACAUGAGCGGAGGCCUUCCCCACACGAAGGUCGUGGAAGCAUCCAAUCAACUGCUGUGUCUUCCAAAUGUGCACAUACGAAGCAAGAAGCAACCUGCGCAGAUGCCGCAAUCGACCGCGACAAGCACCGAUGUUGUUAAGUCCGAAGUCAAGUCCUCUUACUCGUACUCGUCUGGCACGUACACUGCUACCCGCAACACCAACUGGUCGACACCGUCUGGGGGGUACAGCGCGUACACGUCGAAGUACUCCGAGAAAGCCGAGUUUCCGGGAGUCGUGGGGCUCCAAAAUCUCGGCAACACAUGCUUCAUGAACAGCGUGCUGCAGUGCCUAAGCAACACGAAGCCACUCUUGGAAUAUUUUUGCCAAGUAGACGAAGGAGGUGAACUCAUGUACAAGCGAGAAAUCAAUCGCAGCAAUCCACUCGGGAUGGGCGGUAAAAUUGCCAAAGCGUACGCGAUGCUCAUGGAAAAGAUGUGGUCGGGCGACUCCAAGGUCGUGACGCCGACCGAGCUCAAGUACGUCAUUGGGGAGUACGCGCCGGCGUUUGCCGGGUAUUCCCAGCAGGACAGCCAGGAAGUGCUGAGCUUUAUCCUCGAUGGCAUCCAUGAAGAUCUCAAUCGAGUGCUCGACAAGCCGUACACGAAUCCAAUUGAGCACGCUGGACGACCAGACGCCGACGUCGCAAAGGAGGAAUGGGCCAACUAUCUCAAGCGCAAUGACAGCAUCAUUGUCGACCACUGCAUGGCACAAUUGCGAAGCCACGUCACGUGCCCGUCCUGUCAGAACGAAUCCAUUACCUUUGACCCAUAUAUGACGCUGUCCGUUCCCGUGCCAAACCAGGCGUGGGUCCUCUUGACGCUGCAUGGUAUUGGCGCACGUCCUAUGCAGUACGGUUUGCACGUGCCGAAAGAAGGCGUGUAUGCGGAUGUCAAGGCAACUCUGACCACCCUCUGUGGCAUUCCCACCGACCGGUUGCUCCUUGUCCAAAUCAAGAACAACCGCAUCGUUCGUGCGUACUCUGACACGAUGGACAUUAGCGACUUGGUCCAUGCCCACCGCGAUGCGACAGUUGCGGCAUUUGAACUCGAGUACCCGUGGAGUCAGUACGAAGUUCGAUCGCCGACGUUGUAUUCGGUGAGUUCGACGUCGACAUUAGAUUUGAAUCAGUCGUCGCCGGGCGAAGUGGCGCUGUGCCUUGUGGCACUGCAGCACCAAGUGCCUUCAGAAGUGACCGAGAUGAGCAGUCCACUAGAAGACGACUCGGACUACCAUACCAGUAGCAGCUACCGGUACCACACGAACCACAGCACCAAGCACAGGAGAGUGGAACGGCGACUCUUUGGCACUCCUUCCAUCGUAACAAUCACGAGGGACGCGUCAAGCGCCGAGAUUCACGAUAAAAUUCGACAGCUCACCGAACACCUCGUUGACCCUGACCUGGAAGAAACCCCGUACAAGUUACACAUUUCGAACGCCCGGGCGGAUGCUUUUCUACAAAAGGACAUACCCGAGGACUCGGCGGACCCCUUGCCGUGCGAUGUCACGCGUGGAAGUUUUACGUUUACGCUUGAGUGGACGCCGCAUGGGUACAAAGUAGGGCGGAAAGGAAGCGAAUCGCCUCGGCUGCAUGCAUCGGCAGACACGGCCAUUUCGCACGGAGGGAAGCCGGCGGCGGCGCUGGACCUACGCACGUGCAUCGCUAAGUUUACAGAAAAGGAGCAACUCGGCGAGAACGACACGUGGUAUUGCCCCAAAUGCAAGACCCACGUCCGCGCUUUCAAGAAGUUUGACUUGUUUUCGCUGCCCAACAUCUUGCUUCUCCAUUUGAAACGAUUUCGGUAUGCCCAAGGGUCGUAUUCGAUGCAACGCGACAAGAUCAAUACGCUCGUGACGUUCCCCAUCACCGACCUCGAUAUGGCCGACUUUGUCGUGGGGGACAUCCCGCCCAACACGUCGACGGUGUACGACUUGUACGCCGUAUCCGAGCACAUGGGAGGCCUUGGCGGCGGCCACUACACGGCCAAAGCAAUGAAUCCCCGCAACAACAAGUGGUAUAGCUUCAACGACAGCUGCACAAGUGAUACGACCCCCGAGGCUGCGAUCACGUCCCAUGCGUACGUCUUAUUUUACUUGCGCCGCGACCUGCCGGCGCCCAAAUAGAGUUAGAACCCACGUGAAUGCACAUGCAUUUUGAUCCUUCACAGUCGUCAGAUGUCCACUUGAUUUCAUCAGCCAAUCAAUGCUCGU